AUGGCUCCCAUGAAGGCAACCAAGACCAUGAAAGCGAUGAAGGCUGCCAAGGCCAUGACCAAGGGGGGCAUCGUGAGUGAGCUGGCCUCGGCUACAGACAUGAAGAAGUCUGACGUGUCGCAGCUUCUUGGUCAGCUCUCUGAGAUCGGAGCGAAGGAGGUGAAAGCUACCGGCAAGUUUGUGAUCCCGGGGCUUUGCAUGAUCAAGACGCGCAAGAAGCCAGCCACCAAGGCGGGCAAGCGGAUGAUGUUCGGCAAAGAGGUGGCCAUCAAGGCUCAGCCUGCGAAAACAGUCGUCAAGGCAUUCGCAGUUUCAGCUCUGAAGAAGCAGAUCUAA